UUCCGAGGCGUUUACCGGCGAGACAUCGGCUCUGCCCGUCCCCUUUUCAUACCCUGUGGUGCUGGGCAGAGCGUUAUGGCUCAGACGCUGCAGAUGGCGAUCCCUAACUUUGGAAACAACAUCCUGGAGUGUCUGAACGAACAGCGGCUGCAGGGCCUCUACUGUGAUGUCUCCGUGGUCGUCAAGGGACACGCCUUCAAGGCCCACCGCGCGGUGCUUGCGGCCAGCAGCUCCUACUUCCGGGACCUGUUCAACGCCGGCGGUAAAAGCUCGGUGGUGGAGCUGCCGCCGGCCGUGCAGCCUCAGAGCUUCCAGCAGAUCCUGGCCUUCUGCUACACGGGACGGCUCAGCAUGAACGUCGGGGACCAGUUCCUGCUCAUGUACACCGCCGGCUUCCUCCAGAUCCAGCAGAUCAUGGAGAAAGGAACAGAGUUUUUCCUCAAGGUCUCGUCUCCAAGCUGUGACUCCCAGGGCCUCCACACCGAAGAGACCCCGCCCUCCGAGCCCCAGAGCCCCGUCACUCAGACGAUGGGCGGCGGCGGCGGUGGAGUCGGCGUGGUCGCCCCGGUGGCGGGGAGGCCCGCCUCCUGCCUGACGCCCCUCCCCCUCGUGUCCAAGGUGAAGACGGAACAGAUGGCGUCCACGCCUCAGCCCACACCACAGCCGCAGCAGCAGGAGGGCUCUCCCUACUCUGUGGUCUGCACCCCCGUCGCCAAGCGGCUUUGGGAGGGGGGCAACCGUGACAGCGGAGGGGGGUCUGGCGGGGGAGGCGGGAUGAGGAAGGCCGCACGCUACUCCUCCUCCUCUUCGUGCUCCUCCUCCAACAACAUUACCCAGGAUGCCUCUGGGCGCGGACCUGCAGCUAACGCCGUCCAGUUGGGCGGCGGCGGCGUUGCUUCUUCCAUGGGAGGAGCCGGAAUCAACAGUAACCACAACAACAACAACAACCACAACGGCGACCCCGAGGGCACGAGUCCCGGCACGCUCAGCAUGUACACCAGCGACUCGCCAAUCAGUUACCACGACGACGAGGAGGAGGACGACGUGGCGGACGAGAGCGCCGAAGAGCAGUACAGACAGAUCUGCAACAUGUACACCAUGUACAGCAUGCUGAACGCCGGCGCCGCAGUGGUCGGCGAGCGGGUCGAGGCCCUUCCGGACUCGGCCCCGGACUCGGGCGGUGGCGGCGGCGGUGGUCGGGGAGGCCGUGGAGCGCGGUCCCGACAGGACCUGGCGUCGCUGCCCGCCGAGCUCAUCAGCCAGAUCGGCAACCGCUGCCACCCGAAGAUGUACGAGGAGGGCGACCCGGCGGAGAAGCUGGAGCUGGUGAGCGGAACCUCCGUCUUCAUCUCCCGCGCGCAGCUCAUGAACUGCCACGUCAGCGCCGGCACGCGCCACAAGGUGCUGCUCAGACGCCUGCUGGCCGCCUUCUUCGACAGGAGCACUCUGGCUAACAGCUGUGGAACCGGCAUCCGCUCUUCAACCAACGACCCCAGUCGCAAACCGCUGGACAACAGAGUGCACGCCGUCAAAUUCUACUGCCAGAACUUCGCGCCGAGCUUCAAGGAGAGCGAGAUGAACGCCAUCGCGGCCGACAUGUGCACCAACGCCCGCCGCGUCGUCCGCAAGAGCUGGAUCCCCAAGCUCAAGCUGCUGAUGGCCGACAGCGACGCCUACUCCGCCUUCCUGGCCGACAGCGUGAAGAUGGAGGCCGACGCGCUGGGGGCGGAGCAAGGCUUUGACCCCGCCUCCCUGGAAGCGGUGGCGGCUGCUGCGGCGGCCGCGGCGGCUGCAGGCAACCACAACGAGGCAGGCGGAGCCUCGCAGGCAGACGCCCUCCACGGUGGAGGAGGAGGAGGAGACGGCAGCACUUUGUUUUGAGUGAGUGAAACGGACAGAUAGAUGGGUGGACAGAUGGACGGAUUGAUGGAGGGAGGGAUGCCAUUUCUCUGGUGGGGGAGGGGGGGGGAGUAAAGUAUGGCGGCCGCCGCGGUCGGGAUGACGACUGUCUCCCCCCCCCCCCCAGAACUGCCACUCUUCUGACGGCCUCUUUCUAUUCUUUUACGCCUCUUUUUUCAGUCAGCUUGUUCUGCUUCCCCCUCCCUUCGUCUGUCCACAUUUGUCUCUCUCGGCGACCCAGAAAGCAUCACUUUGGGUUGUCCCUCCUUCCUUUACUUCCUGGUCGAGAGAGAUAGAAAAAC